AUGUUUUUCUUGUCCGGCUUAAUUCUAUUCAACGUUAUUGUUACUACAUUGCAACGAGUUCCUCAUGCAAACGGAACAACCUGGACCUAUGACGAUCCUUACAGCUUCAGUUCGAAGAACAUCACUAUUCGAGUUGACAGUCAGGGAAAUGACUCCGUUGUUGUGAAAGGCGAUGCCGGAAUCUUCUUGGCGAUGUGGACCGCUAUGACUACCAUUGUAUUUUCGAUGAUCGGUUUCGAAACAGUGUCAAUCACUGCUGCCGAAUGUGCUCCUUUAAGAUCGACUGAAGCCAUUAAGAUGGGAACGCGCAAGAUCUGUAUUAGAGUAUUUACUCUAUAUACUCUCUGCGUCUUAGUAGUUGGUUUCAACGUCCCAUAUACUGAUCCAAACUUGAGGCAAAUUGCUCUCAACUCAUUUGGACAGGGUCAGAACUCGAUAUAUAUUUUAGCUGCUGUCCGAAACAAUCUCCAUGGCUGGCCCAAUUUUUUCUGUGGAUUCUUCAUCUUCUGCGCCACUACUUCUGGGAUAAACUCUCUAUAUCUCUCAUCUCGAAUACUCCACGCCCUAGCGAGUAUUCGAGAAGUAUGGCCAGAAAAUAGUAUAUUCCAGGGUAUACGAGCCAGACUUGAGAGGACUACCUGGGGUGUACCCCGUGGGGCGGUUUUUGUCAGCUGGCUGUUCGGCCUAUUAGCCUUUCUCUCCACGAAGAAAAAGCCAACUAUUCAACUAGGAAGACUAGCUACCAACUCUGUUGUAUCCAUGAUGAUCGUCUAUGCUAUCAUUUGCGUUACGUACCUGCGAUUUUAUAUUUGCAUCGAGAAAGCAGCUACCGGACAGAUCCAGAGUCUUAAUCAUACAGCUCAAGACCUCUCAGCGUAUAAUCGACAAAACAGACAUUAUCCUUACAAAUCCAGAGGCCAAUGGUUGAAAGCUUGUUAUGGAAUUCUGGGCUGUUGCUUACUAGCGUUUUUUAACGGCUGGAGAUCAUUUGUCACACCUUUCAGCGCAGCAGACUUUGUUGCCUCCUACAUUAGUAUACCGGUGUUCUGUUUCAUUGUUGUAGCAUAUCAUGUGAAGCUCGAUGGCUGGAACCCAAAAGGAUGGAGAUUUAAAAAUUCUCACGAGCUGCUACAGCCACCUCCCGAAGUAGUGUUACUUGAAGAUAGAGUUGGAAGUUUGCGGUUGGCGAAUAACACCACGCUGUUCGCCCGAGAAAAUUCCCUCCCUGUUUUGAAAUGGAUAUGGGCUUGGCUGAAAUAG